CGCCAUUUCCUGUGGGCGCUCCCCGUGCGCUGCCCGUAGCAAAGAUGGCGGCGGCGGCUGUUUCCGGGCGGCCGGGGGUGCGGUGUAUGGCGGCGGGCAGGGCGCUGUUCUGAGCCGGGCGGCGGGGCACGGCCAGGGGCUCACCGCGGAGAUGGCGGCUGCCGGCGGCUCUCCGAGCAUCGUCGAGUACUUCGGCGGAGAGGAUGGCUACCGCUGCGGCUACUGCAAGAACGAGACCGGCAACCUCUCCCACGGUAUGUGGGCGCAUUCAAUGACAGUUCAAGAUUACCAGGAUCUCAUAGACAGAGGAUGGCGAAGAAGUGGAAAAUAUGUCUACAAACCCAUCAUGAAUCAGACAUGUUGCCCUCAAUACACGAUAAGGUGCCAGGCUUUGCAUUUUCAGACCUCCAAAUCUCACAAGAAAGUUCUGAAGAAAAUGCUGAAGUUCCUUUCCAAAGGGGAUGUUCCGAAAGUAGUGAGUGAAGAAGAGCCUAUGGAUUCUCAUAUAGAGGAUGUGGGCGCCUGUGAUUUUGCCUACAAAGGUGAAUCACACGUCAGUCAGUCCGAACUGACUCCCCUGGGUGUGGAUCACGCUGAGAGGGUGGAGAAUGAAGAUCAGGACACAGGAGAAAAGAAAGAAGAGGGCAAUGUGCAGAAGGUGGAAUCAGAUUCUCUUCGGCUAUAUGCAGAUAAAGAGACACCAGUCCCUGGAGAACCAUCACGUUCGGCUAAAGGUGUUCAUGCACCACCUAAGCCAGGGAAAGGGGCUGACCUGAGCAAGCCCCCGUGCCGAAAGGCAAAGGACAUACGUAAAGAAAGAAAACUGCAGAAACUCCUUCAGAACCAGACGUGUACAGUGGAAGGAUCUCAGCUUCAAGCAGCAGAUCAAGUUUUCCUCUUGCAAAACUCUAAAUCUAAAACAAACCAGCCUAAAACCAUUGAAGACUUCGUUUUUGUCUCUUUACCUGAUGAUGCACAACACAAAUUAGAGGUGAGGGUGGUGAGAUCAUCUCCACCAAGUUCACAGUUCAAAGCCACAUUUCAGGAGUCUUACCAGGUCUAUAAACGUUACCAGAUGGUUGUUCACAAGGACCCACCUGAUAAACCAACUAUAAAUCAGGUGAGGUUAGUACCUGUCUCCUUUGAGGACCCCCAGUUCAAAUCAUCCUUCAACCAGUCAGCCACUUUAUUUGCCAAGUAUCAGAUGGCUGUACACAAGGAUACACCUUCUGAGUGUGGUGAGAACGAGUUCACACGAUUCCUCUGUGAUUCUCCUCUGGAGGCAGAGAAUGCACCAAAUGGACCAGAAUGUGGCUAUGGCUCUUUCCACCAGCAGUAUUGGCUGGAUGGGAAGAUAAUUGCUGUUGGUGUCAUUGAUAUCCUGCCCUACUGCGUGUCCUCUGUCUACCUGUACUAUGAUCCAGACUACUCUUUCUUAUCUUUGGGAGUCUACUCUGCAUUACGAGAAAUCGCUUUUACAAGGCAACUCCAUGAGAAAGCUCCUGAUCUCUGCUUUUAUUAUAUGGGUUUCUACAUACAUUCAUGCCCCAAAAUGAGAUACAAGGGUCAGUACAGGCCCUCUGACUUGUUGUGCCCAGAGACGUACAUCUGGACGCCUAUUGAGCAAUGUCUCCCGCUGCUUGAACACUCAAAGUACUGUCGAUUCAACCAGGAUGGAAAAGCAGUUGAUGAAGGUCGGAUCAAGGAACUGGGCAGGGUGAGAGUGCUCCACAAGAGAACCGUCAUGCCUUACAGUGUGUAUAAGAAAAGACGGAAGGGACCAAGUGAUGAAGCCAGUGUCCAGCAAUAUGCAAGUCUGGUUGGACAGACCUGUUCAGAAAGAAUGUUGUUGUUUAGAAGUUGAGGAAUGGUGAAAAGGCAUUUUGACGGCGCCUCAUUUUAUUGCACUGCCACUGGGUGAUAUGUACUAUAGUUGUGUGUUGGUAUGCCUCCUCAAAUAGCAGUAUGAACUACAGGUAUAUAUCUAGGCUUGUGUGAAUACAUGGUACUGUGUUUUAAGGCCAAUUCCAAUAAAAUUUGCAGUACAGCAAGGCUUUAGCAAUAUAAGGUUAGAAAAACAUGCUUGCAAUAUAUUUUAAUGAAGUAGCUCUAGCCUUUCUAUGCAUUUUGAAUAAUUCUGAGUGUCUAAGCAAAAUGAAAAACAGGUGUCUUUUUUUUUUUGUAGAGACAAAAGUUGACUAAAUCUACAUUAACAAUAAUUAAAAUUACAACUGGUUUCAAAUAGCACCUUGGAUAUCUGUCAUUAAAAAUUGCCAUGAAAUUCAUGCUCACAUUCGUAUGCUCCUAGACUCUUGCAAAGAGAACUGGAACGUGCUGUGACUUUCUAACGUGAAAUCUGGCAUGGUUUGGUUUUUAUUUCAAUAGUAUAUUUAAAAACAGGAAGAAAUUAUUUUCACUGCACCUUCUUCAUUUGUUUGAAGCAGUAGGUUAGUGCCUGAGGUCCUGGUGAAUGUAGGAGUUCACAGUGGAUUCUUAGUGGCAGGGGAUGCAGUGCUUUGGAAAACUUUCCCCUUUAGAGAUGAAACAGAAUAGUUGCACUAUAAAUAUACCAAAGAUACGCAGCCAAGAGGCACAGUGGGUUUUUGGUAUAAGCCUUAUCCUUUGUCUAAAAAGAGUGGAUAUUUUAGUAUCAAAAUUUCCACUAAUGUGAAAUAGAGCUUGGAAGGUUUAUCCUGCAGCUCUUUGGUGCACAUUUCAGAACUAUGCUAAAAACGCCAGACAUGAGGUACCACUGCUGGGGUUUGUUGCAAUUGUUUUUUCUUCUGAAUUGCAUGGGAAGGCUUAAAUAUCAUAUUCCUGCAUUUUUUACUGUUUUGUUUAUGGUGCAGCAGCUCACAGGUUAACAUCUUGUAUGUUAACAUCUUAAUACCAUUGUAUUAAAUACUUCUGUUGGAAACACAGGAAGUUGUGAUGCUUUGUGAAAGCACUUUAUUAACUCAUACCUGAAUGUUGUCAUUAGUAGCCUGCGUGCCUAUCAAGUCAUAAAAGUUAUAGGCAUUUGAGUAUAAUUCAGUAAUGUAUAACAACAUUGUAACAAUCCCAAUGCAUUUGUGUUUCUUCAUGGGUAACAGAAGCUAGUAUUUGCCUUGAAUCAACUUGAAGUUUCCUGUUAACUCUAGAAAAAAGAUUCUUAUUCAAGAACACAUGUGUAGAUGGUUUACACCAGAAAGGAACCAAAUUCCACUUUACCCUCUGAAGCUUACAUCUAUCAUUCAUGGCUUUGAUUUAAUUUUAAACACUUGGCCAAUAUUAUUAAUCAUUGAUUUGUAUGUGAAACAGGGGAUUCAAGUGCAUCGCAGAUUUAACUUAUUUUCCAUAUCUUUUUGAUCAUUCUAAUAGCAUUGAUAACAGAGUACAGCUUCAGCAGUGAU